CGUAACUAUUUCUUUGUAGAUGUACAAAAAAGUAAACUCGUCAAUCUUUGUUUAAUGGAUUCGACCAAUGUCCUUGUUCUUCCCUACAAUGGACCAUCCGAAUUUCCACCUAAGCUAGUACGGUUUGUUCAGCUUCACAUACUCUUUUUUCCCAGAAUUACCAGUUUGCAUAGCCCGUUUAAUCUAUUUCCACAAGCAGAAUUGCAGUAACUUUAUUUUUUUUGAAUGGGUCAAAACCUCUCCGCUGCAUAAUCUUUAGCGUUGCAUGAGACACCUGAAGAGGUUUUCAGUGGUUCGUUUAUCCUGUGAAAAUUCUCCAAGGCUAUACAAUUCAUUCUUUUCUCUACAUGAGGAAGCAACAGAAAAAGAACUGUCUAUGCCUUUUUAUAUUUCAGAGGUGAUAUUCAACAGCGUCUAUCCCCAAUGGCAUACUUUUUCUAUUCACCAGUUUUUAAAAUACGUGCCACCUUCUUCUCAACGGUUUACCUUCUGCGUUUGGGAUGUGGUUGAUAGAGUCCCGGUAAAAUUGCUACUGCGCUUAGUCCUCGAUCUUACUCAAUUGGCAUUUAUCUCUACGGCCGACCUUGAUUUUCCAGAAAACACACUCUUGGUAAAGCUACACGACGGCUUAUAUUGCACAAAAUCUACAAGGCUUCAGUUGGAAGAAAAGGCUGCCAUCGUAAGAUGCGGAAGAUAUUUGGAUAGCGGAUCUCCAAAAUGGUCCUGUUGCAGUGAUCUAUACGCUCAAUGCAUCUUCAAAAAGAAGACGGUUUUAGAAAAAUUAAAGAAAAUAGAACAGAUCAAGCAACGUAUAGACAUUGAGAACGCAAAGUGCGAAUCUUAUUUCACUGACAUGAAACAAAAGGAUUACCUGAUGAAAACUUUAAACGAUUUAAAGUCUGAGUAUGAAGAUUUAAACGCCAAGCAUGAGUUGAAAAAACAAGAUCUAGAAAUCAAGACCUCUGAGCUUAUUUCUUCUAUAGAAAGGCUAAGAACUGCUCAAGUUACUCUUGCUACUUCUAUGCGGCUAAUGAGCCGAGAAGCAGUAGAGUUAAAAAAACACCAUACUCAAAUUCGAACUGAGAUCAUUUCCUUAAUUCACGCGCAUCAAAGAAGGUUGUUCUGUGAAUUAGCCACAAUAUAUAAAAUUGAGCCCGUUGACAAAUCUAUCGAUCCUCUUCAAGCUUCUGAUGUCUUGCACAAAAUCAAUGAUCUACCAUUGGAUACAGUUGAAUUCUACAAGUAUGACCAAGAAGAUACCGCUAUGGCUCUAGGAUACGUUUGUCAUGUCAUUCAACUUAUCAGCAAGUAUUUGGACGUUCCUAUCAGAUAUCCGAUUCGACCUGCCAUGGGUAGAUCUACGAUUCUAUGUACUGGUAUUUUAAAUGAACAGCUCCCUUUGUACAGUAAAGCCCAAAAUCUUGCAAAAUUCAAACAUGGACUAUCGCUUUUGAACAAAAACGUAGAACAGCUGCUGCUGUCUCAAGGAAUCAACCCCUUUAAUGCACGCCAUAAGACUCUAUUCAAUAUCAGGAUGAUUUUUUGGCUUUUUACAAGGAACUCUUCGUAAUGCCCUUUCAAACGCUAAGAAGGAAAAUCGGGUCAACCUUCUAAUUUUUGUCAGACAAAAUACCUGAAGAGUAUAAAUUUUGUAAAUUUUUAACUCAGAAGAAGGUCA